AUGUCAACGAACAGAUUUCGUCGUAAUUCGAGUUCGUCGAACUCGUCUACAUCGUCAAAAACGAGGCCUACUCACUGUGUUAUCGAGACAAAUGAUAAAGACAAAAAUGUUACAAUAGCUGUUAUUCCAUUGUCUGCAAUAACAAAUCCUGAUGGAAGAAAAUUAAAAGUUAGGAAAACAUGCACAUUAUUAAAAGCACCACGUAACACACCACGUUCAACUAUCAAAUUUAUUGGAGAAGAAGAUGAAUGUGAGAAUCAUCGAGAAUUGUUACUAUUAACAGAUGGUGAAGAAACAGACGAAAAUUUGGGCAGUACGCGUAGAGAUAAUGAAAGUUUUAAAGCUCCAGACACUAUCGAUGCAAUUGGUGAUUCAUCAGAAUCUGUUACAUCAAAAACAGGUCAGAAUAGAUAUACUCAAAUGAUUGCUGCACCAAGUCCAUUACGAGAAAAACAAGUAGCACGAUCUAGUCCAGUUACGCCACAUGCAGCAGCAACAACGAUUGUUCAUCGAAAUGAUGAUUUGCCAUUAGCACCAGGCACAAAAAGAGCUGCUGAAACAUUGCCUUGUUCUCUUCCUAAACGGAAGAUUGUAACAAGUAGCAGCGGAUGUGGUGGCGGCGACGAUCAGUUACAUGGCAAAGAAGAAGAAGUCGAUCAAAGUCAAACAAAUGAAAUAGUUGGCAAAUUCAAUCGAUUAGUGAAACAAUAUACACAACUUGAAAAAGAUUUUGUGAAAUUACAACGAAAGCAUAAUGAGGUAAAAGCAAAUACCGUUCGUAAUGUUUUGGCUCCGAAGUCGGUUGAACGAGAGGUAAAUGAUAAAUAUGGUACAUCGUUGGGAAUUGAUCCUGGUGUGUUACAAAAACCAACUGAAUACUCUCUAGCUUCACAAGGUGGUUCUUCUGUUCUUUUAUCAGUGUUUUUAAUUGGUUUAGCGUGCGAUAAACCUGCGCAAAGUGACCUGGUGUUAUCUGGAGCGAAUGAUCAUCAUACUAUUCGAGUUUUUCCAUUACCAAGUGAAGAUGAAGUUCCACCGCGAUUAAGAUCAAAUGAAACGUAUGAUGAAGCAAUGAUUAUAUUAGAAUUUCAACGAAACAAAAUAGUGAAGAAAACAAUUGAAAUGAGAAAGAAGGAAUUUUUGGAGAGAAAGGGUCAUUUAGGACCGUGUUCAUUAAGAAAUUUAAAAUACAUUGACAUUGGGAAAUUGUUUUUAUUUGAUUCUUUACAUACUCUUUAUCAUGGAGUGUUGGAUCGCCUACUAACUCUAUGGUUUGACGUCGAUUAUAAGAAAGAAGAUUGGUCAGUUCGUCAUCAUAUUGAUUCAGCUGCUGAUCAGCUCUUAAAAAUACGUUAUCCUUCGACUACGACACGUGCUCCAAGAAGUCUCCUCGAAUACACAAGAUACAAAGGCAGUGAACAACGGUGUAUUCUUUUAUUUGGAUUUAUUAUUUUAAAAAGGUUUCUGAAGAAAGAAUAUUAUGAACACUUGCUCCUUCUUGUUGUUGCAUCGUAUCUGGCUGAAGGUCGUGAACUUCAUCAUUCACAAAUUCAAGAUAUUGAAUUAUUAAUAAAACAAUUUCUUGAUUUAUUUCCUUAUUUGUACUCAAAUCGUCAUAUUGUUCAGAACGUUCAUUCACUAUGUCAUUUACAACAGUCUCUUCAAGGCUUUGGCUCAUUAGCACUUUACUCCAAGUUCAACUUCGAAAACGUUCUCGGUAAGGCUUUUGUUUGA